AUGGCUGUCAAGAAUGAACAACUAGGCGGCUGCCUUUUGAUGUGUACAUCGUCCAACCUGGUAAGCGUUGCUUUCGAGUUCCUGCUCCUACGGAACUCGGUCAAUCACUACUACAAGCUUACUGAUCCGUACUUGAAGCUCAUUCUCCUGGCAGCCAAGAGCACCUUGCCACUUUGGUUCUAG